AUGGCCAAUCCACCUCCAGAUUUCGAGGUUCAGAUUGCUGCUGAGGAGGAGGACGACGCACGGUCUAAUAUGGGAACUAGCAUUGCGUCCUCCAGCACCAGUCUGCGUAGCUCACUAUUGGACUAUCGCCGCGAGAAUGGUCGAACUUACCAUCGAUAUAAGGAUGGCAACUUGGUUCAUCACUUAUGCCUUCUCAUGCUGAGGGACCGACUUGGCAUUGCCCCACCUUGUGACGAAGAUGCCAAGGUCGGUCGGGUCCUUGAUGUCGGUACAGGUACAGGAAUUUGGGCGGUUCAUUUUGGAGAUGACCACCCGGAAGCCGCUAUUUUGGGUAUUGACCUUUCAGCAACUCAGCCUAGCAGCGUACCUCAUAACGUGAGGUUUGAGGUCGACGAUAUCGAAGACGAGUGGUCAUUUUCACAGCCAUUCCACUACAUCCACAGUCGCUUUAUGACAUCCAGUAUCAGGGACUGGAGGUUGUUCCUACAAAGAUGCUACGACAAUCUCGAGCCUGGUGGCUACGUUGAGCUUCAGGAGACCGCCAUUUUCGCCAAGUCCGACGACGGAACUUUGAAGCCCGAGCACGCUCUGUCCCAUUGGUCCAAGUAUCUUAUGCAAGCGUCAAUCAAGCUCGGAGCAGCGUGGGUUGAUACGCCCGAGUUGAGGGACCUCAUGAUUGAGAUUGGCUUUGAAGACGUGACGCUAAGUACAUAUAAGUGGCCGACCAACCCUUGGCCAAAGGAUGAGCAUUUCAAGGAGCUUGGCGCGUGGAAUAAUGAAAACUUCAUGACGGGCAUGGAGGCAAUCACAAUGGCACCCCUCACACGCGCGUUGGACUGGACCCCAGAGGAGGUCCGAGUCUUCCUCAUUGACGUCCGUAAGAAUGGGAAUGACCGAAGCAUUCACGCGUAUUGGCCUCAGCACAUUCUUGUUGGGCGAAGGCCCGAAAAGGAGAAAACUCCAGCUCCGACUGUAGCUGCAUCUGCGGCUCCGUCGUAG